AAAAACACCAGACACAGAGGGAGAAAAAGCAAAGUGAUCCAYUGUACAAGAGUCGUUGCCCUCUUGUAAUUACACUGAGUCCUGUAUCUUUUUUUUCCUUUCUCACUUACUUCAUCUCUCUUUGAGACCUGGGGGAAAGUGGUAAUUAGCUAGAAGAGAAUAAAACCAGCUGAUCGGGAGAGGAGUGGUGCAUUCUGGAGCGAGAUGGCUAACAGAAACCUUCUCCUGCUCCUCUGCGGACUCUUCCUCCUCUCAGCGCUGAUUCAGCCCUCUCUUCAAGGAGGUGUUUAUGUACCACCUGGUACUGGCAUCGGACCAGGAGGCACCGGUCCAGGUCCUGGAUACUUUCCAGGCUCAACUGGACAAUUCCCUGCAGCCUAUAAACCAGCUAAAGCUGCAGCAGGAGGUUACGGAGGUGGUGGUCGAGGUGUUGGCCCUGGUGGUCUGGUGCCAGGAGGUGUCGGGACUGGUGGUCUGGUGCCUGGAGGUGUCGGGACUGGUGGCCUUGGCUUUGGUGGCUUGUCAACAGGGCAAGUUGGAAAAGCUCCACAAGCAAGUUAUGGAAAUCUAGGAAAUGGAGGAGGUGGUUACGGUGGAUACGGUGGCGGCAAUGUGGGCUUUUACCCUGGAGGUGGACAGAAAGCAGCCAAAAGAGGAGGACCCGAUGGUACCGGAACUGGACUUCCAGUGAACGGCCGAGCACCUGUUAUUCCUCAGACAGGCCUUCCAGGAGGGACCGGUGGUGUUGCAGGAAAAAAAGCAGCCAAAGUUCCAGGUGUGGGUGUCCCUGGACUUUACCAAGGUGGACAAGUACCCGGACCAGGGUUUGGUGGACGUGGGGUUUUACCAGGAGUUCCCACAGGAACUGACCUAAACUCAAAAUCAAUUGGGGCACAACAAGGAGGUCAAGGAGGAACCCUUGGGUUUGGUGGUCAGAUGCAGCAGGGGGUCUUUCAUGGUUACCCACUGAAAACCCCCAAAGUACCAGGAGCCUAUGGAGCAAAACCUGGCGGAGGCAAACUUCCCUUUGGUUAUGGGGGAUUUGGCACUGGUGGAGCUGGACUUCCAGGAGGACUGGGGGGCUCUGGGUCAAAGCCUGGUUAUCCCGUUGGAACUGGUGUAGGGCCAGGAGGAAUGUCGCUUGCUCAAGCUAAAGCUGCCAAAUAUGGUGCCGGUGGAGGAGUUGGCGGCCUUGGUGGCRUUGGAGGAGUUGGUGGAGUUGGAGGAGUUGGUGGCCUUGGUGGCGUUGGAGGAGUUGGUGGAGUUGGAGGAGUUGGAGGAGUUGGUGGCCUUGGUGGCCUUGGUGGCGUUGGAGGAGUUGGUGGAGUUGGAGGAGUUGGAGGAGUUGGUGGCGUUGGAGGAGUUGGAGGAGUUGGUGGUCUUGGUGGCGUUGGGGGUGGACUGUAUCCAGGGCAGGUACAAGGAGGAUUUGGAGCUGGGUCCAAGGCUGCUAAAUAUGGAGUCCCAGGAACACUGCCAGGUGGUGCACCAAUUGUGGUGCCGGGAGGAGGAUCUCAGCUACCAGGAGGAUAUUCUCAAGCAGCCAAAGCUGCUAAAUAUGGAUUAGGAGGAUCUGGAGCCAUAGGUGGUGGGCUUGUACCAGGAGGACAAGGAGGUGCAGGGGGAUACAACCCUGCUGCUGCUGCCGCCGCYGCCAAAGCUGCUAAAUAUGGAGUGGGUGGACUAGGAGGAACGGGAGGUCUGGGAGGAACAGGGGGUCUGGGAGGAACAGGUCUGGGAGGAACAGGAGGUCUGGGAGGAACAGGAGGUCUGGGAAGUGGUGGACAUCUUGCUGCUCAGGCUGCUGCCAUUCUUGCUGCUGCCAAGGCAGCUAAAUAUGGAGGUGUGGGAGGUGGAGUUGGUGGAGGAGGUGUGGGAGGUGGAGUUGGUGGAGGAGGUGUGGGAGGUGGAGUUGGUGGAGGAGGGAUUCCAGGAACACAACAGUUUCCAGGAUAUGGAUCGUUAGCAGUUGGAGCCCUUCCUCCUAAACACCUUCCACAAACAGGCCUUGGAGGAGGUGGAGUCCCAGGGGGAACAGGACACGUGUUACCAGGUGGCUAUGGUAGUUAUGGGGGUGGUGCUGGAAGCAAACCUCCAAAGUUUGGUGGAGCUGGAACAGGGUUUGGAUAYGGAACACUGGGAGGAACAGGAGGAGGAGGAACAGGAGGAGGAACAGUACCUUUUGUUCCAGGAGGUGGACAAUACUCUGCCGCUGCAAAAGCUGCUAAAUAUGGAGUGAUAGGAGGUGCUGGAACAAGACCAGGAGUAGGAGGAGGAGGAGUACCAGGAGGUGGACAGUACUCACCGGCUGCAAAAGCUGCUAAAUAUGGAAUGAUAGGAGGUGCUGGAACAAGCCCAGGAGCAGGAGGAGUAGUGAUACCGGGAGGUGGACAGUACUCACCGGCUGCAAAAGCUGCUAAAUAUGGUGUCACAGGAUUAGGAACAGGACAGGUUCCCGGAGCCACAGGAGGAGGAGUAAAACCCCCUAAACAAGGCAUCGUCCCUGGAGGACAACACAUUGUGACUCCAGAUGCGGGUUUCCCUAACGUUUCAGACGGUUCUGUUGGACCAGACGGGUAUCCUUUAAAACCAGGAAAGGAUGUGAGUCUCACUGGAACUCCUCGGCCAGGGCCCACGCCUCUUUCUUCACUUAGCAAGGCCCCAGAGCUCCCUGAUUCCAGUGUUGCUGGUGGAAUUGUCCAACCAAGUGCUGGAACAAGUAUUGGUGGAGCAGGUGUACCUGCGCCCUCUAGUGGAGGUACAACAGGCCCAGGUCAAGCUGGUGUUGGAGCCAAAGCACCGAAACCACUGCAGUACAUUCCAGUUCAGGGUGGAGGUGGAUAUCCAAAUAGUGGACCAUAUGCACCUUACGCAGUGCCGUAUGGUGUUGUUCCCAGCAAUGCGGUCAGACCAGGAACUGGAAUACAGCCUGUAGGGAAACCUCCGAAGCCUUUUGUACCAGGAGGUGGAGCAGGAAUCCCACUGGCUUCAGGAGGCUACCAAGGUGGACAGGGAAGAGCUGGUGGUGGAGUUAAAGGGGCAAUAUCAUGUUAUGGAAGUCUUGGAGGUGGAGGUUUAAAUCAGCCAGGUCCUGGUUUUGUAGGAAGACAUCCUCAACAAUUCUAUCCAGGUGGAUAUGUCCCGGCCCCGUUGACUCCCCAACAAGCCAAGGCAGCCAAGUAUGGUCCUCUGCAGAGCUUCCUUGGUGGAGGUGGUGGAGGAGGAGGAGGAGGAGGAGGGAUCUACAGAGGUGGCGUUGCAGGAUGCCAGGGUAAAUACUGUGGCAGGAGGAAGUAGAGGAUCUCUGCAGAUCCAGUGACCUCAACAAACCAUGGUGCUACUGCAUGAUCGAGAAUGUACAUUUUAUAUAAGCCUGAUUAGACAACCUGUAAAGAUGUUUGUUACUUGACUUCAGUGUCUGUUUUCACACGAACCCACCGACCCAGAAUUUUGUACACGCUCUGAUGUUACUGAUCCUUUUAUCCAUUGUGUUCAAGUUAAUCAGCUUCAACCGCUUGUACGCCACCAGCCUAACUAAAAUAUACAGUGUGUUUGUGUCACUCUGUGUUGCUGCGUGUGUGUGAGUGAGUGUGUGUUUGUGAAGCCUUCAGCUGUCAGUCUGAGCUAAAAAAAAAAAAAGAAAGAAAAAUUUUUUUUCUCUCUCUCUCUCUCUCUCUCUUUUAGUUUCAAUCCCUAAAACAAAACAA